AGGAUGGAAAAUUUGUCCUGGAGACUUCGCACAAGGUCCAGAGAUGUUCUCAGUGGUUGGUGGGCCUUGCACGGUGGACAGCAGUGGUUGUGUCAUGAGUCCGAACUAUCCACAGACGUAUGGCCCGAAUCAAGACUGUGCCAUCCAGGUCUUCAACCCUGACAACAAGAGUCUCACGGUAGAGUCCUUUGCCACAGAGAUGAACUACGAUGUCCUCUGGGUCAACGGGCGCAUGUUUGCUGGCACAACCAGCCCCCAUGGUCUGGUGCCUACAGAAGCUAUCCAAUGGAGUUCGGACCAGGACACCGAGGACCGAGGAUGGAAGAUCUGUCCCGGACCCGUGGGGCAGCAGGUCGCCGAGAUCCAAAGUGUGGAUGAGGGUGACAAUGAAGAGGCCUAUGACUAUGAUUAUGGAUAUGGUCCCGAUGCCUUGUCGCCCGACAGCGGCGCCGGCCCGGCAGGCACUGCACCACCCCAAGAUGACCUGAGUGCAAGCAAGGAUGUGGGGGUCUCUACUGGCAACUUCUUCUUCAAAGUCGCCUUGGCCUCCAUCGCAGUCUGCUUGGCUGGAGUGCUUUGUCUGCGCUAUCGACGGCAACGCAAAGAAAAUCGCAAUGAGUUCGGCACUCCUUAUGGGCGGAGCUAUGCGCUUGACAACUUGUAGCCGGCAACAAUUCGACGGUGGGCCAGUUGUGUCACACAAUGGCAACGUCAUUUGUUCUUGGCUUGAAGGUAAACUCGUGC